AUGAGCCAAGAGAAGCAAGAGGCUGAUUACACGGCUGAAGUCGACACUCUUCUUCCUCAGCUGGAGAAGCUGACUAGCUCAGGUCUAUUGCAAGAGGCGCUAGAUCUUGUCAUACCCUUGGAAAAGAAGGCUCGUGGCGCCUCAGAUGUGUUGAGUACCGCACGUCUUCUUUUGACGUCGGUGUUGAUGAUCCGUACGACACCAGACGUGGCGCAUACAGACGUUGAAAAGCUAUGCGAGACAAUUCACUCGUUUUCGAAGAAGCACGGUCAAUCUAAGUUCGCCAUCGUUCGCAUGAUCCAGCUUACUAUGCUCUUCCUGCAGGCAUCAGACACGUCGGAUAUGCGUGCGCCUACGUCGUUGUACGCCAUAAUUGGCAAAGAUUCACUGCAAACCCAAGACGUCGCUAUGGAAAGCACGGAAGCGACUGAGAACAUGGCCGUGGAUGAAGAGUCGAAGAAGGCCGACAGCAAGCCGUCCAACGACGAUGAACUGGACCGUGAGGGCAAGGAAGACGACCGCAUCACAGCUCUUAUGCGACAUGCUCGUGCCAUCGGUGACACUUCGUUGAACGAUGCUGCUAAGAUGAAGAUCAUGCAGACUUUGCGUGAUAUCACAGCGGGCAAAGUAUUCCUGGAAGUGGAACGUGCACGCGUUAGUCGUUGCAUGUCCGAUAUGCUAUAUGCUAAAGGCGAAGUGGACAAGGCUGCUGAUACGCUGCAGGACUUGGCCGUCGAAACUUUUGGCAGCCUGAGUCGGCGCGAGAAGGUGGAAUUCAUUCUGGAGCAAAUGCGCCUGAAUGUUGAACGGACUGACAUGGCUCGCGCGAACAUGCUUAGCCGCAAAGUGAACACUAAAUUUUUCGAGGAUGAGGAGCAACAGAGCCUCAAAUUGUUGUAUUAUGAACUGAUGAUCCAGAUUGGCGUGCACGACGGUAGGUACCUCGAUGUGUGCAAAUACUAUCGAGAGGUACUUAACACGCCUAGUAUCCGUUCCGACGAAGAGAAAUCGAAAGACGUCCUGCGUCACGUUAUCAUUUUCCUUAUUCUUUCGCCCUUUGAUAACGAGCAGAGCGACUUGGUAUCACGUGUGGAGUCAACGGAGUCGUUGGACAUGGUGCCCGAAUACAAAAGUCUUCUGAAGUGCUUCACUACACCCGAGCUGAUGCGUUGGCCGGGUAUUGAGGCUCUUUAUGGUCCGAUGCUACGUCAGCUGGCCGUUUUCUCCGGCAGUCCUGAGGCUGAAGAGCGUUGGAAACAGCUCCAUGCUCGUGUUGUGGAAUACAAUAUUCAGGUGGUUGCCAAGUACUAUACUCAAAUACACCUUGAGCGUCUUGCCCAACUUCUUGACCUACCCUUGGACAAGGCUGAGGAGGCUUUGGCUGAUCUUGUUGUCAAGAAGACAACGCACGCACGCAUUGAUCGUCCAGCCCAAAUUGUCAACUUCCAGUCGCCAAUGACGGACGCGGAAGUACUCAAUCACUGGAGCAAUGACAUGUCCAAACUCCUUCAAACUAUCGAAAAGGUCUCACAUCUCGUCGAAAAAGAGUGGGCCAUUCAACGCGCUGGUCUCGUCGUCAAGGCCAAUGAAUAG